CCGCGGCGGGGCGGCCGCCGGGGGCGGCGGGGGCAGGCACCCGCCGAGCGCAAAUUCCUCCGCGCAGCGCGCCAUUGACUGGACCGAGCAACUUAUUUAAGGCUGGAAAGUGACACAGGGGCGCCUCGUCUGCGCCGGCCGCGCUCCGCCGGGCAGCCCGGCCGCACCGAGCCCAGCGCCGCGGCGCGGGAUGCCGCCCGGGUGACCGCCCGAGCCCGGCCGCCGCCUCGCAGCUCUCCGGACAAGGAGCCGCGUCCCGCCGCUGCCCCGCCAGGACCGCGGGAAGGGGCUUUCUUUUGGGGUGCUUUUUGUGUUGCUGGAUUUGGGGAUUUUUAAUUUUUUUUAAUUUUUUUUUCUUUUUGGCUUUUUUUCUUUAUUUUUUUUUAAAACUUCUCUUCUUUCUCCGCUCCGGGCUGCGCUUUCGCGGAGAGUUCACCGCCCUUCCCCGCCCCGCGCCGCCGGGCUCCGGCAGAGCAUGGAGAAGUACGAGGAGGACAUGGCACUGAAGGCCACCAAGUUCAUGGAGGACCUGUCCCUGUACGAGCCCUGCCCGGAGGCUCCGUACGGCCGGGGCGGCCGCCGGGACCUGGUGCUGCACCCCGACCUGGAGGAGACCAAGCGGGUCAUCGCCGCCCACAUGACGGCGGAGCAGCAGCGGGGCCGGAAGAUGAACGGCACCGCCGCGCCGCCGCCGCCCGCCGAAGGCUUCCCCGCCGCCGCCCCCUGCGGCGCAGCGGGGCCGGAAGAUGAACGGCACCGCCGCGCCGCCGCCGCCCGCCGAAGGCUUCCCCCCGGCGGCCGCGCCGCCAGCGAGCCGGGCGCGGGCCCGCCGUGCUGCGAGGAGGGGCUGUGCACCCGCUCCGAGGUGGCGCUGCCCUGCUACAGCGGCUUCGCCGACAAGGGCAAGCGCUACUCGGCCGAGGGCUACCGCUACGCCGCGGGCAGCGCCUACGAGGGCGGCUACGUGGCCAAGGGCGGCGGGCGGGCGCCCGGCGGCCCGGACGGCAAGUUCGGCGCCGCCAGCCCGCGGGCCAGCCUGGCCGCCGCCUCGCCGGGCCCCGCCGCCGAGCACGGCAAGUUCUCCAGCCCGCGCUCCAGCCUGGGCGGCGCGGUCGCGCUGCCCUACGAGAAGUUCUCCAGCCCCCGCUCCAGCCUGGUGGUGCCCGGGCAGGACAAGUACGGCAGCCCCCGCGCCAGCCUGGUGCAGUACGACGGAGCCGCCCUCAGCCCCCGCUCCAGCUACGCCAGCACGGCCAGCGACACCAGCAAACACUCCAGCCCCCGCGCCAGCCUCACCGGCUACGACGGCGGCGGCAGCAAGCCCAGCAGCAACCGCACCAGCGGCAUCAGCAUGGGCUACGACCAGCGCCACGCCAGCCCCCGCUCCAGCACCGCCAGCCAGUACUCCUGCACCGCCAGCCCCCGCUCCAGCUACUCGGACUGCAGGUACGGCCCGCCGGGCAGCGCCGAGCCCGAGGGCGGCACCGGGCUCGCCCUCGCCAGCCCCCGCUCCAGCCUGUGCGGCCCCGAGGGCCGCGGCUCGGCCGGCCCCGCCGUGGUCAGCCCCCGCUCCAGCAUCUCCAGCCAGAGCUCGCGGAGCUCCCGGGGCUCCAUGAGCGCCUAUCCCGAGCUGCAGCUGCCGUCGCCCCGCUCGUCCCUGCUGGGGCCCGGCCUGCAGGAGGACGGCGCCGUGCCCGAGCUGGGGGACGUGUACCACCGCAUCCACGCGCAGUCCCCGCCGCGGCACGACCAGCAGCACCCGGCCGGCGCCCCCGAGCCGCCCCCCUACGCCUACAGCCCGACCAAAGGCUCCGCUCCGGCUCCCAAAUUCAAGCUCCCCUACCAGGUGACGCCGUGCCGGGAGAGCGGCCCCAGCCAGGCGGAGAGGCGGCUGGAGGCGCUGACGCUGGAGCUGGAGAAGGAGCUGGAGAUGCACAUGAAGAAGGAGUACUUCGGUAUUUGUAUAAAAUGUGGAAAAGGUGUGUAUGGAGCGAGCCAGGCUUGCCAAGCAAUGGGCAACCUCUAUCAUACCAACUGCUUCACGUGCUGCUCUUGUGGGAGAAGACUACGAGGAAAAGCAUUCUACAAUGUCAAUGGCAAGGUGUACUGUGAAGAAGACUUCCUAUAUUCAGGUUUUCAGCAAACAGCAGACAAGUGCUUUGUUUGUGGACACCUCAUAAUGGAAAUGAUCUUACAGGCCCUUGGAAAGUCCUACCAUCCUGGCUGCUUCCGCUGUGUGGUGUGUAACGAGUGCUUGGAUGGAGUCCCCUUCACUGUAGAUGUGGAAAACAAUAUUUACUGUGUCAAAGACUACCAUACGGUUUUUGCACCAAAAUGUGCUUCCUGUAACCAGCCAAUCCUCCCAGCACAGGGCUCCGAGGAGACCAUCCGGGUGGUGUCCAUGGACAAGGAUUACCACGUGGAGUGCUACCACUGCGAGGACUGUGGCUUGCAGCUCAAUGAUGAGGAAGGCCAUCGUUGUUACCCCCUAGAAGGCCACUUGCUCUGCCACAGCUGUCACAUCAGGCGCCUUAAUAUCAAACUGCCAUCACAUCCACCUCCAAGCUACCCCAUGCAUGUCACAGAACUCUGAAAGACAUUUCCAUGAUCAAUCAGCCGCUGGAAAGAGAAGACAAAAAUCUAAAAAUUACUUUCGUGUUCCUUUAAAGAUGAGGUUCCAGUAAUAACCAUCUAAACCAGCUAUUUAUUUUUCGAAUCAGAGGUGAGGGGUCCUUUUCUGAUCUUGUACAUAUGCAUUCUUUUAUCUAGACAUUUUCACUGAGACACCGUCUACUUGAACAAAUAAUUCACACUAAACUGUAUCUGUAAAUGGCAGCAUUUCUAAAAACAAUGGUACAAAGGGCUGUUCUGCACUCCCUACUCUCUUCCUUCAGUGGAGAUUUCACCCAAGUAAGGAGUGUAGAAUUACUUUCCAAAAGUUAGCACCUUAUCAUAUUGCAGCAAGCGUGAUAAGAUAAAUGCUAGCAUUUUAGCUAGUUUUGUUGAAUUCUGGUCUUAGAGAAUACUUAGAUUCCAGAAGUAGGGAAUAGGCAGCAAGCAGGUGUUUUAGCCAGGGCAGUUUUCAGCAAGGUUAAAGAAGGGUGUUCUGUGAAGAAGUGCCAGGCCAGCUCUCCAUCCUACAGGGUCCCACAGUCAUCCAAAGACUAAUUAUUUGGUUUGCUCAAGAAAUGUGGCAAGCCUCUGAUGUAAAGCCCACAGUACAGAGGAUUGUAUCCAAAAGAUUGGCUCAUGCAGGGGCAGCAGUUGCAGCUCUCUGUAAUUGCUGGCUGUGUAGCCAUGGCUUCAAAAUGCAUUCCUAUCAAUUUGGCACUUAUUAAAGAAUUCAUCUUUCAAACCUGUUUUUUGUUCAGUAGGGUUCUAUGCAAAGGUACACUUGUCUUUAUACUGCUUGUUUUAUCCAAGACUUCAUUUGUUACCAACUGCUUCAUGAUUGUAUGUUGAGACAUUAUUAAAGAGAGGCACAGUGGUUUGGUAUUACCUUUUCAGCUUUGUGUUCUUUCCGAGAUUACUUUUCAACUGAUUAUGGUGAUUGUCUUCACUGGAAAGCAAAGUGCAGUAUGGCAGGAAUGGUAAUUUAGAGAGUCAGACCACGAAACAUCAGUGUUUACAACAAGUGUUAGCUGUACAUAGAAUGUGCACACUUUCAUGUUUUGCAUAAGCUUUUACAGUACCCUCAGACCUCUGGGGAGAAUUAUAUGUCUUCCGUAUAGGAAGUUAGAUGAAUCUUUUUUUUAUGGUUGGUUUUCUACCGUGUGCUGAUAUUUUACAUGCAAAUCACACAUCUGUAUGUCAAAAAAAUUCCUUGCAUUCUCAUGAGAAUUGACCCAACCUUCCUGAAGCUGCAAUUUAUCAUUGCUGCCUUUAACUGUAUUCAAAGUUAAAAUAAAAUAAAAUUCUUCAGCCCCAGAGGAAGUAGAAAUACCAGACUGGAUUCUUGGCAUGUGCAAAUUGGGACAUUUCCAUGCCAGUUCUGAACACUUGAGAAUCUGCCCGAUCCGUUCGGAAACGAUCCCGUGUUAAAUUCAGCAUGCAGACUGAUGGAAUGACUUAUUUGGCAACACCAUUGCAGUUUAGUUUCUUAUGCUCCAUUGACUUUUUGAAAGCCAUUUGUGGUGCUCUUGAAAAGCACAAAGAGCAUCCAAUGGCCACUAAUUCCUAAGUGGAAUAAUUAACUCCCUUAACAGAACUUUUUGAUAGUCUGGAAUUUCCUUAUGAGGAAAGGUGGGGGGAAGGGGAACAGGAAAAAUUCCUGAGAACUAUUUUUUUCUGUUAGUAAGGAACAAAAAGGAUGCUUUCUGAACUUCUGCCAGACUUCCAUUGGCCUGGAUUAACCUGCCCUACUGAAGGCUCCUGGGCAAAGCAAUUUUGUAGCUAAUGUAUAUCAGUACAUGUUGAAUGUGACUGCCAGGAUUUGAAGUAACUACAGUGCAGUCAGUGCCCCAUUUCUGCACUGUGGUCCAAGAGGCCUGGCCUGCAAACAAGAGGCCAGAGGUACACAUGCACUUCUGCAUUUGCAACUCUCCCUCUGUGUCCACAGUCAGCAG